CCUCCCUUUCCGUAUCUGCUCGCCUCUCUCCUCUCUUUUCAGUCUUGCUUGCCUGUCAGAAAGGUGCUCUAGUAUCGGAGGCUAGGCUACCCUCCUCUCGGACCCCCCUCCCCCGUACGAGAGCCAGCCGCCGUCGAAUCCCCCCCCCCUCCGCCCAAGGCUAGGGCUCCCCACCCCUCUUUCUCUCUCACGGCUCCAACCAUGGCGACCACCGCUACUUCCACCCGGUUCACCGACGAGUACCAGCUGUACGAGGAGCUCGGGAAGGGAGCUUUUUCAGUGGUGCGUAGGUGUGUAAAGAAGUCAUCAGGACAGGAGUAUGCUGCAAAAAUCAUCAACACUAAGAAGCUUUCUGCAAGAGACCACCAGAAGCUUGAGAGAGAGGCUCGUAUCUGCCGUCUGUUGAAACACCCCAACAUUGUGCGACUUCAUGACAGCAUUUCAGAGGAAGGCUUUCAUUACCUCGUCUUUGACCUUGUGACAGGCGGAGAGCUUUUUGAGGACAUUGUAGCCAGGGAGUACUACAGUGAGGCUGAUGCCAGUCACUGCAUUAGUCAGAUCUUGGAAAGUGUCAAUCAUAUCCACCAGCAUGAUAUUGUGCACAGAGACCUCAAGCCUGAGAACCUGUUGCUGGCCAGUAAGAUGAAGGGAGCUGCAGUGAAGCUGGCAGACUUUGGCCUCGCUAUCGAGGUGCAGGGAGAACAGCAGGCUUGGUUUGGAUUUGCUGGAACUCCAGGCUAUCUUUCCCCAGAAGUGUUGAGGAAGGAUCCCUACGGCAAGCCUGUGGAUAUAUGGGCCUGCGGUGUUAUUCUGUAUAUCUUGUUAGUUGGAUAUCCUCCUUUCUGGGAUGAAGAUCAGCACAAACUCUAUCAGCAGAUCAAAGCUGGAGCGUACGAUUUCCCAUCUCCAGAGUGGGACACUGUCACUCCAGAAGCGAAGAACUUGAUCAACCAGAUGCUGACCAUCAAUCCAGCCAAGAGAAUCACUGCUGAACAAGCCCUGAAACACCCAUGGGUCUGCCACCGUUCGACAGUGGCGUCCAUGAUGCACAGACAGGAAACUGUUGAAUGUCUGCGUAAAUUCAACGCUCGCCGAAAACUCAAGGGAGCCAUUCUCACCACCAUGCUGGUGUCCAGAAACUUCUCAGUGGGCCGGCAGCAUACCAACUCUGCUGCUGCCGCCUCCUCCACGGCCUCACUGGCUCAGGAAGCAUGCAAAAGUUUACUCAACAAGAAGUCGGAUUCUGCCAAGCCUUCUACCAACAACAGUAAGAACAGUAUAGUGAGCGCCAUCAAUGCCCUGAAAGACACCAACAUGGCAGCCAACGCCCAGAUGGAAUCUCAGAGCACAGUGGUGCACAACCCUCCUGAUGGAGUCAAGGGAUCAACAGAGAGCAACGCCACAAACGAUGAGGAGGAAAUGAAAGGUAGGAAAGCGGACAGUUCGGCGCUGAGUCAGAGCAGCGCCGCUGAGGAGAUGCCCCCUCUUCUGCCCUCACCUCAAAGCUCACCUGCCAUUCCACCGCAUGAUGUAAAGCGCAUGGCAUGGAACAGCACAGGCAACAGCUCCUGCCCCGACUCUGACCAAUCACAGUCCUCCAUCCCCUCCGCUCCACUAGGGGGCAGCACUGUCGCUACUAAAAGCAACACUAAGCUGACCCGUAAACAGGAGAUCAUCAAGAUAACGGAGCAGCUGAUUGAAGCGAUCAACAAUGGAGAUUUUGAAGCCUACACGAGGAUUUGCGAUCCUGGACUCACCUCUUUUGAACCCGAAGCUUUGGGAAACCUGGUGGAAGGCAUGGACUUCCACAAGUUUUACUUUGAAAACUUGCUGAGUAAGAACAACAAGCCCGUGCACACCACCCUGCUGAACCCCCACGUCCACCUCAUCGGCGAGGACGCCGCAUGCAUCGCCUACAUCCGGCUCACGCAGUUCGUGGACUCCACGGGCCGCCCUCGUUCCAGCCAAUCAGAGGAGACCCGGGUGUGGCACCGCCGUGACGGAAAGUGGCUCAAUGUUCACUUCCACUGCUCCGGAGCACCGGCUGCACCACUACAGUGAUCAGCGGUCCUGAGGCUCCGGUCCUCUGGAGCGAGUUUAUUGGGGGGCAGUGUUUUUUCAGCGAGCGUGUUUUCAGAGGCACGUCCUCUGCGUGGAUUGGAUAGUGCCAGGAAGCCCGGCCGGGCCAGAACGCAUCCCUCUCCACGUCACCAACCAACCCCGACCCUCCUUUGACCUGCUGGGGGCCGGCUGAACACGAGAACCCCGCCUCCCCAACCCCGACCCCCUCCAUGAGAUGAUGAUGCAUGCAUCUGGCGCCUGACUGGAGGGUGCAUCUUUGCCCUUUUGUCCCUCCCCUGGCAGCCAUCUUUUUUCUGCCUGCGCGAGAUGACAUGUCCCUGGGGAGGAGAGGAUAUACAGUUGAACUUGUGACAGUUUGAGUAUGAGUUAUGAAUAUACUGUGUAAAUUUAUGGCUAGAUGUACCAGAAACCACCAAAACCCAACCAAGCAUUUAUCUUUAUCCGGGGAAAACAAAAGGGAGGAGCGGAGGGGGAGUGCUUAGAUUUUGUACACAUUUAGGGAUUACCAGGUUGGAAGUGUUGUCCUCGCUACCUGGGUGUUGACAUGAAGGGAAAUCUUUCCUCGGCUGAAUUAAAGAGGGAAAGAAAAGAGAAAAAAAAAAACAAUCAGGUUUGCUCUGAGAACUUGACGACGAGAGAAACUUGAUAUCAAAAACACGAAGCACCAAAGUGUAGAACUUUAGUGUAGGCUUUCUACGUGUUUGUGUUUUCGUUCGUGUUCUUGUUUUUUCCGAUGGAUCGGAAGUCGUCGUUGUUCGUGGGAUCGGGGAACGUUAGCGGAGGGGGGCGUCUGAACUAAAGUCGACGUGUUUCGUUGUGUUUUUUAGCGUCCUGAUCCAUUUGUGUUUUCGUGAACAACAGGAGCCAUUAUCCGUGUGUUUUUCCUUCCUUUUUUUUUUUUUCUUCGCUCUGACUGUAAUCGAGGCUCCUUUUUUUUUUUAAAAAAAAAAAAAAACAGCUGAGAACGUUUUGCUCUUUUUCUUCUUUUUUUUCCAGUAAGGAUUUUAUCGUGCACAUUGGAAGCUAGCCGCGUUUCGUCGUGUGUCUAUAUGCAGUUGAGGGAGGAAGAGGAGCAGGAGGCCCGUACCAUGAAAAGCCGCCGCCUGCGUUUUGCAUGUUUGCUCGCUGCCUCUCCCUYGUUGACCUCUUUUAACCCGUUACUCUGCUGUCUGCAAGGGCCUGGUUUGUUUAUAAUCACUGUGUAAAUACAGUGUAUGUAUAGAUAUAUGUAGAAAAGUGUAAUAUAUGUACAUGUAUCUAAGAGACACUCAUCCUGUGCAUUUAGGGGAAUGGACCCCCUUCCCUCUGUAACCCCACUCUAGUUUAGGUGAAGCUUGUUCCUCCAUUCGUAGCGCUCAACCCUGAAACAUUUGAGGUAUUGAUUGCUCUAAAAUAAACAAAUCAAAGCUGUCCUGUAGGYGCUCCCAUGGCCGUACGACUGUUUAUGAAGAAAGGGAAUAAAAACAAACRCCAAGAUGGAAGUAAUCCCCCCUCUCUCCCUCGCUCUCUUUCUCAGCAACACUCCAAGAACUAUUUUUAAAGAUACUAGUGUCCUUAACUCCUGGUCCCACGAUGCUGUGAGCCGAUUUUCAUAUCAUAUGCACCCACGCACUCCGGGCGGUGUGUUUUUAGGCUUUGUAACAUAUCUGCACCGCUGCUGUGACCGGCGCCGCCCUCGUCGUGCUGCUUUAGGUGUCCUCCCUCCUGAUAUCUCCGUUUGACAGAUUGACUGACCCUUGACCUCUCCCCUCUGCUCUUGAAACGAUUCUUUGUUCCUUUCUUUGUUGUUCCCGUGUUACUGGUUUUAAGUUUUUAUUAUUAUAUUAUUAUUAUUAUUAUUAUUAUUAAUGUUGCUGUUGUCGGUUGGUUAUUUUUUGCCAAUCUGCCAAGCUGGAGUUCUGCACUCUCCCUCACAAACAUGUAGAGAAAAAAARAARAAAAAAGGGAAGAGGAAGUGAAGACAACRAAAACUUCUUAAGGGAUAUUGAUCAGGACUUAAUUAUUUAUCRGUGUAAUCAACCCUUGGUGGUUUUAUAUGGCGCCUGCUGGGAGGAGAGACGUGCGGGUUGCGACACCUAGUUAUUUGCAUGUUUCAGUUACACAUUUCUAUCACAAACUAUGGAUGGAGCUAGUGUCAAUAUAUGAUAUUUGCAUCUUUUGAAAUUCCAUCCACCCAGAAUGUUGAACAAGUGAUAUGAAAAUAUAAAACAAGAUUUAAAAAAAAAAAAAGGAUAAAAAAAUAAAAGAUUCAGGCACCGUAGCUUGGUAUGAGGCCCUCGAUGUUUUCCCUGCGUUGUAAUGAUAUAUUAUCGGGCUGCGCUUCUCCCCUCUCCCCCUGCCGGCCUUCACACGAACGCUGGAUUUAUAUUUUUCUUGCUUUGUUUUAUUUUGCAUGAUCACAAUGUACAAUGAAAUACAACCAUAAAUUGCCGACUAUCAAAAGUGUUUGUCUGAGUGUUAGUUGGUCUUCAUCAUAGCUUUGUUAUUCUUCAAACUUGGAUCUUGGAAGUAUUUAAUAAAAAUACUAUUUCAGCACUG